GCUCGAACGCUGCUGAAUCACGAAUCACGAAUGUGGAUCGAUCGAUCCUCAUCAUCGUACCUAUGUCCGGCGACCAACGCACGCAUGCAACCUUAACGCGCGCACACGACUCGGCCAGGCCUGCCUGCCUUCUUCAACGCGCGCUGAUAGGUCCCAGGCCAGGCCUCUCUCUAGGUGGCCUCGACUUGGCUUGUGUGCGUGAUUUUCCCUCCGAUGAACGAAUGUGCUGGCAUGUGGACGCCUCUGAGUGUGGUACUGUCCCGAAGUCGCAUGCACAGGCUGGUGGUCAGCUCUUCGACGGGGCGUGCAAGCAAUCAUCAUUCACGAAUCACGAUCAAAGGACGCGGGGCAACGCAUGCGACCAAGCGAGGAACGGGUCCAGAAGUGCUUCCACUCGACGCUCAGCAGGGGCACGUCGAGCAGCAAGUGCCGAGCGAUCGCUUGGGAAGCAGCGUCAUUUAGAGCUUUCUUCUCGUCUUGCGUCUAGACCGCUCCAUUCAUCGCAUCCAGAGUCCUCGAAGUGCACCUUAAUUGUCAAUGGCCAGAACCUUUUCCACAUUGAGUUCGCUUGCACGAGGGCUCAUGCUUGGGCCAUCUGCUACUGCCCGGCUCCUUGACACACGUCGAGACCCGCCGCAGGAUGUUUGCACCUCUCCACAUAAGUCCAUGGCCAAGUCUCGACGGUCCGCGGUCAAGCUCGCAGUCGACAGCAGCUGAUGGAAAUGUGAAGAGAUGGACCUCCUCAACGCCUUUGAGCCAAUCACGGACUUCUAAGAGACCGGCCGAGCCGGCGACCGAUCGAGGAGCGAUCACGAUGUAAUCACGAAUCACGAAUCACGAAUGGUG